AUGGGGAACAGCGCCAGCCGCGUGGGCGACAAGGGGGGCAGGCUGGGGUCCCUGGACGACGAGCUGGUUCAGCGGGACGGCCGAGAGGGCGCGAACGCGGUGGCAGCGCUGACCGGAGCCGAGGACUACAGCGUAUGGGUGGAGCUCAGGGUGUCGUGCAGAAAGCUGCAAAACAGGGAUGUCACCAGCUUGUCGGACCCCAUGGCCGUCCUUUUCAAGAGAGCACAGACCGGCAUGUGGGAGGAGGUUGGCAGAACUGAAGUGGUUGCAAACAAUCUGAAUCCUGUGUUCAUAAAAUCAUUCAGCAUCCUCUACCAGUUUGAGCAUAUUCAACGCAUGAAGUUGUGCAUCUAUGAUGUGGACAGUGUGGGAGACCCAGCCAGGAUUGCUCUUCGCAAUCAAGAUUUCUUGGGGCAGGCUGAGUUUGCUCUAUCGGAGGUUGUGUCCAACAGCCAGGGGAAAAAAGAACUGUCCCUGGUGAACACAGGGAGAAGGAUGUCUGGGAAGUCCAUGGUCGUGGUGCAGUACGAGGAGCAGUCCAAGCUGUCCGACGAGGUCACGCUGUCCAUCAGCGCCUCCGGCAUCCUCAGCAAAAAGAAGCCGCCUUCCACGGUUCUCGUCGUCAGCAAGGCGCAGGAAGGCGGCGCCUGGCAGCCGGUUGCCCGAUCGGAGGUCCAACACAACACGGAUGCGCCGAGGUGGCGGCACUUGAAGGUGUCGUUAAGGAACCUCUGCAACGGUGACAUGGAGAGGCCGCUGAAACUGGAGGUGUUUAGCUUCAGGUCUUCAGGCAGUCGCACUGUGCUGGGGGAGGCGCAAGCCUCACUGAUGGAGCUGCAGGACCUCUCAGAUGGAGGCACUCUCACGCUUGGCAGACAGAAGAAGAAGAAAUCUGCACUGACUGGAGAACUGCACGUUGAUGGCGUCUUCAUAACAAGCCGGCCUUCGUUCCUGGAUUACAUCGCGUCGGGGUUCGAGAUCUCCUUCCUGGUGGCUGUUGACUUCACGAUCUCCAAUGGAAGACCGACAAAUCGCGCGUCCCUGCACUACCUGGACCCCAUGGGCAGGUACCCCACACCGUACGAGGAAGCCAUUCAGGGCGUGGGCGAAGUCCUGGAGUUCUACGACAGCGACAGGCUGUUUCCGACUUGGGGCUUUGGAGGCAUGCUACCCACGGGCGUCAGCCAUUGCUUCGCGCUGAAUGGGAACGACAUGUGGCCCGAAUGUGCAGGAGUGGAGGGCAUAAGAAGCUAUUACAGGAAAGCAUUGAUGGAAGUUGGCUUGGCGGCCCCAACACUGUUUGCGCCUGUCAUUGGCGCCGCGAUGCACUGCGCCAAGAGGGAUGUAGGAAAAGCCAAGUACUACUGUCUGCUCAUCCUGACAGAUGGCAUCAUCAAGGACAUGGAGGACACAGUCAGGGCGAUCGUGGCCGCCUCGUCGCUGCCGCUGUCGAUCCUCAUCGUCGGCAUCGGCACAGCGGACUUCUCAAAAAUGGAGGCUCUGGACUCGGACAGGCGGCUGCUGGAGGCCGAUGGGCGGAAGGCGCAGCGCGACAUUGUGCAGUUUGUGGAGUUCAACAGGUUCAAGGGGCGGGGGGAGGCGCUCGCCGCGGAGCUGCUGGAGGAGCUGCCGGGGCAGUUCCUGGCGUACAUGCGGUACCACAACAUGGAGCCCCUAACUGAGUUGCAGCGGCGAGACGCGGAGGGGCCUACUCCCACUGUUUAG